ACACUGAUCACAUUAUCAUCAAGAUCAAAUCAGUCAAAUUCAGUGCUUGAGCCUUGCUUCAGUAUUGAUUAUGGAGUUCAAAUGCUGUAUAAUCAAUAAAAUGUUAAGUGAGUGCUUAAAAUAACUGUGAAAUCACUUCUGAUCUACCUAAAUGAUCGGGCUAAGACCCCAAGAUAAACUCAUACUGCCUGUUAGCCUGGUCUUUAGCAGACUAACUUAGUUGUCACUGCUUUUAAAAACUCAAUCAAGGUUAAAUUGAUGUAGGACAACAGGAAGGCAGUGUCUUAUACCAUUCUAGGUUUUGUUAAUCUAACCUGCGGACCAGUGAACUAAACAGAUCAUGCUUCUGCCCCGCUGAUGAGAGUGCAGCACCAAACAGGUAGCACUGCUAUAACAAUCCUUCGGUGCCAUCACGGUGUGGGACUGUUGGCUCAUCAGUAAAUGUCAGUGUCUUUCAAGUUGUGUGGCUUUGUUUUAUGUUUCCCCCAAAAAAGACAUAGACUUUAGAUUUGGGGGAGCCAAAGUGUGGCACGGGGGCCACUUGCUGCCCUUGUAAUGCUAUUAGGUGGCCCUCGACCACACUUCUUGAUUGGCAGCUCAGGCGAUUGAUGCAGAUACACAUAACAAAAAUGGUCCUUCUUGAUCUGAGUGCUCAGAGUUCUCACAGGCUUUCCUUUCUGCAGCAAGCUGGUCAAGAGUGAGAAGAGUAGAACGGUUUUUAAUCCUGAGCAAAGAUAAGUGAAAACAUGUCAUUCUAUAACGAGCUUCGCCUGAGGCAGCAGCUUUGUGACACGGUGAUCAGAGUGGACGGUGCUGAAUUUUAUGCGCAUAAGGUCGUCCUGUGCAAAUGCAGUCCGUAUUUCAGGGCUCUGUUUAGCCAUUGGUCAACACCAGACUGUAUGACCUAUGACAUCCCCGGUGUGUCACCGAGUUUAAUGCGUGUCAUUAUCGAGUAUGCCUACACAGGCUUUGUUCCUCUGACAAAGCAAAAUGCACAGGAGCUCUUUAUAGUGGCUGACCGCUAUAAUAUAACUGGCCUUUUACAAGCCUGCUGUGAUUUCUUGGAGAAGCAGCUGAGCCCACUGAACUGCCUCAGCAUCUGGAUGCUCACAGAUACAUUCUACCACCCCGAACUGAGACACAAGGCCAUACAAUAUGCUCUGAGUCAUUUCAAGGAGGUUGUGGUCAACUGUGCAGAUUUUCUUCUGCUCUCUGCACAGCAGCUUGUUCAAAUCAUCGAGAGUGACCUGCUUAUUGUAAAGCAGGAGGAGACAGUGUAUGAAGCCGUCCUUAAAUGGAUUGCCUAUUUACCUGAGGAACGGAAAGAAUACAGCUCAUUGCUCUUUUCCAAGAUCAGACUGGCUUGGAUGUCUCCAAAGUACCUCAUAGAAAAUGUGAAUGAAAGUGAAUUAGUGAAAACAAGUCCAGAAUGUCGAGCCAUGCUCCUCCAGACCUUGAACCCCAUCCUGGACCACAUGAACAGCUACAGGUCAUUUGUCUGUCAGUCUUUGGCAAAACCACGGGUGCCUCCCGCCCUCCUGUUGGCCGUAGGAGGCUGGACUGAUGGCAGUCCUACUAGUUUAAUUGAAGCCUAUGAUACUCGCACUGACUGCUGGGUAGAUUUGGCCUGUACCACUGAAACUCUCCGGGCCUAUCAUGGUGCUGUCUUCCUUGAUGGAUCAGUUUAUUGUGUUGGUGGCUUUGACAGUGUUGAGCAGUUCAGCACUGUGCACAGACUUGACCUGGCCUCUCAAACCUGGCAAGAGGUGUCACCAAUGCACGCCAGCCGCUGCUUCGUCAGCGUGACCGUAGUGAAUGGGUACAUAUACGCCUUGGGAGGUUACAAUGGACACGAACGACUCAACACUGCUGAGCGCUACGAGCCAAGAAGCAAUCAGUGGACUAUUAUAUCAUCCAUGCAUGAGCCGAGGAGCGAUGCCAGUUGCGCAACCCUUCAUGACAGGCUGUACAUUUGUGGCGGCUUCAAUGGGAUACAGUGUCUAUUCACAGCUGAGUGUUACAACCCAGACACAGACCAGUGGACCCUGAUUGCCAACAUGAGCAGCAGGCGCAGUGGAGUCGGCGUUGCUGCCUACGCUGACCAUAUCUUUGCAGUUGGCGGUUUUGAUGGAGUGUCACGUUUGGACACUGCUGAGGCCUACAACCCCUCCACCAACACCUGGAGCAAUGUGCCCAGCAUGCCAACCGCCCGCAGCAACUUUGGCAUCUCCGUGAUGGAUGACCACCUCUUUGCCGUGGGAGGCUUUGGUGGCGUCACCACCAUCCCUGAUGUUGAGUUCUAUGACAUCAAGACCAACGUGUGGUUCAGCGCCAGUGACAUGAAGAUCUCCCGCAGCGCUCUAAGCUGCUGUGUCGUGAAUGGGCCCAACAACAUGACUGAUUAUGCUUCCCCUCUUAACACUUCAGAGCUUCAUUUACCUUCCAAAGAGGAAGAUGAGAUGGAGCAAUAAAAUCCAUCUAGUUGUAUUGUCCUGUGAAAUAAAUGUAUCUGCGUAAAAACGA